UAAAACACCAGCUCAACCUACAGUUCAGUCACCAACCCAACCCAAGGUCGAAUCACUGCCACAACCUAUACAUGAACCCCUUUUGCCAUUACAACCGAUGACUCAGGCACCAGUCAAAUCAGAAUUACCACCACAACCAAAAUUGCAGGCCCAAACCACACCACUAGUUGAAGCUCAGUCACCAGCCCAGCCCAAACCUCAGGUACAAUUGCCACCACAACUUCAGGCUCCGUCACCACCCCUACCCAAGUCCCAGAUGGCACCACCAGCAGACGGUCAGGUCAAGGUUCAGUCACCGACCCAACCCAAGGUCCAAACACUACCUCAACCCAAACCUCAGACACAGUUGCCACCACUGCCCCAACUUCCGGCUGAGUCGCCACCAUCACUCAAGGCCCAAACUGCUCAACAAUCCAAGGCUCAAUCACCCCCACAGGCCAGACCUCCGACCCAGCCACUUCCACAGUCAAAAACUCAAGCUCAGUCUCCUACACAACCCAAAUGUCAACCGUCCCGGACUAUUCUACUCUCCCAGGUCAAUGUGUUACCUCAGUCCUUGGCUGAGUCACCAGACUUGUGCAUUACACCUCCCGCACUGGCUCAGGCGCCUCCUCAGGCCUACACAGAGGCUUAUGCCAAGGCCCAGGCUUUGGCCAGAAAUGGCUUUGAGGAGGCCAAGCACUGUCUGCAGGAGCACAUCCUGGAAGCCAUUAACGUAUUUCAAGACAAAGGUAUAUCGGCUGAGCAAGCAUCAGUGAAAGAGGAGACUCUGAGAACCCUGGACCCAGAGUUACUGGAGGAGUUCUUGAGAGCAGCAAAGGGCAUGGAGGCCUUUUGUACCCCCUCACAGCUCAGAGACAUGGAGGUCUACACCCAGUCUGUCAGAACACAGUGGGAGACUUGUAUCUCAGUGGAUGCCAGCUUUGCAGAAGCAGGGAAGCACCUCGAGGCCUUGAAGGGGCUAUGUGACACUCUAAGCCCUGAGGACGCUCACCGCCUGGCCCAGACUCAGCUGAGGGAGUGUGAGACGAGGCUGGCUGCUAUCCAGCGCCAGUUCAGUGGGGACCAAGAUACACAGCUUCCUGAUUCUAGGGUUCCUGUUGCCUUCAGUGAGGAUCUGACUGUGCAAAAGGAACCUACAAGACCAAGUGACAAACCUCAGGUUUCAACUGAGGUGUUUCAAGUGACAAUGAAGACAGUCAGUGUGGAGAGGAGGGAGGUUGAAAAGCAGGCGUCUGUGGAAGAAGUCACCAAACAGGACGCUUUAGAAAGAUAUGAGAAUUGUAAAAGAACACUGCAAUCCCAACUGGCUAAAAAUGAACAGAGCAUCAUGGAUCUCCCCUCUGACUCCGUCUCUCUGAAAGGCCUGCACACACGCCUGCAGGAGAUACAGUUCUUGAGGCAGGAGACAGAGUCUCUGUGGUCUGAGUAUGCAAACCAGUGCUCCCAGGUGAAUGGGAACUCUGGUCUGGAGCAGGAGAAGGCGGAGCUACAGGAGCAGUGGCGCAACCAACAGUCCAACCUUCAGAGAAGGGGCAGCUCGCUGGGCGCUGCCCUCAGACAGAUCGACUCCACCGAGAACCACAUGGUGGACUUCGCUGACCGCCUGGACCGCUACCUUAGACAGCCCAAAGACAUCAGUGGCUUUACACUGGCCAACACCAACAUCCUGAAAGACAUUAAGGACCUGGAUGACAACAUCCAGAGCGAGCUGGACCAGGUGUCCCGUCUGGACCCUGAAUCUAGUGAUCUGGACCCCAGGGACUGCUUCCCUCUGUCUCGUCAGGUGGAGACUCACAGAACCAGCCUGGAUCAGCUUCGACAGCAGGUCCGAAAGAGUGAAGCUGCCGCCCGUGCCCUCGACCGCUUCCUCAUGUCACUGCGUACUGUGGAUGAAGACAUCUCUGGAGUGCAAGGUGCCCCAUGCAGUGACGCUCAGGUGCUUCAGGACUGUCGCUCCAAGCUGGCUCUGAUCAGGCAGAGCAUCGACAGUCUGAAGGAAAAAGCGCCUCAGCUGGAUCUGCUGCUGCAGGGGGCCAGGCUGACAGUCACCCGGGAUGGCGUCCCAGCCUCCUGCCUGGACAUGGUGACUGUCCUGCUGAGAAGGCUGGAGGAGGCCGACAGUGGGCUAGCCAGCCAGCAGAAGGUCAUCCAGAAGGAGACACAGAGCAAAUCAUUGGGCCUGAGGAAAAGGACACUGCUGGGGGAGCUGAGGAGGCUGCAGGAUGCAAUCGAAACGCAGGGCCUGAAGGAGCCCACCAUGCCGGCUGUGCAGCACAGGCUUCGUGCCCUGUCGGAUUUGGAGGGUCAGCUGCAGACCCAGCACACAGAACUCCAGAACCUCCGUGAACUUCAAGACAAACAGGGAGGAGGAGAAAACCUGUUUGAGGAGCUGGAGACUCAGUGGAAGGAGACUCAGAAAGCUUUUUCUGACAGUAAGAAGCAGUGCAACACCCUGCUGGAGCUCUUGAAAAAGUUCAGAAACUGCGGCAGUCACUUGAGCAACACCAUGCAGAAAGCAGAGCAAACGAUCAGUGAUCAGGCUUCUUACAUGGGCAAGGACAACCUGCAGAGAAGUAUAACCAAGGUCUGCCACAUUAAGGAGGAGCUGUCUGGUCUUGGGGAACGUAUAGAAGAGAUGAGGGGAGUUUGCAGACAGCUGCAGUCCCAGCUGAAGAAGUUCCCAGACUGCAGUGAGGCUCUCUUUGAAGCAGAGGCUGACACGCUCAUGGACAGCUGGCUGGAUGUGACAGAGAAGACAGACGCCUGCAUGGAUAACCUUCAGGUGGGGCUGGAGCUGUGGGAGAGGCAGUUGAUGCUGGGGGGGGAGGUGGAUGGCUGGGCAGGGGCCAAACUGGCCCUGUUUGCAGAGAGCCAUCCCUUCCACAACGAGCAACAAGUACUUGACAUGAGGGAUGAGAUCCACACCAAUGAGGAGAACAUUGAACAUUUCCACAAGAAGUCUGUUGAGAUCCAGGAGAUGCUGCAAAGUCAGGAGGCUCCACUGGAGCUGCAGGUGAUGGAAACCCAGCUGAGGAAGAGGAUGCAGCAGGUGAAGGAGCUGUUCACUGACUGCACCGACGUCUUUGAGGAGCUGAUAGCUGUGAAGAGACACCUCGCUGAGAAGAUCGAGGAGUGCCAGUCCGCUGUAGAGAACAUUCAGGGCUCUCUCAGCAAGGUUGAUGCUUUACAGCCAAAGGUCGAAGCACAGAUCCAGGAUCUGUGUGAUGACCUGGAGGCUCAGGAGGAGCAGGCUGAGGCUGUGCUGAAGGAGGUUGGUUUGGUUUCCAGUGUGGCCAGUCCACAAGUGGUGGAGGCGCUGACUGUAGACUGCAGCAGGCUUAGGGAGGCCAUCUCCCGCACCAAGGACAUGAUGCACCUGAAGAGAGAGGAGAGGGACAAAGGCCUGUUAAAGGUUAUUGAAGAUGAAAGGCAGUCAUUUGAGGGAUGGUUCCAGGACAUGCAGGUGUCUGUCAAUGAGUGCUUUGAGAACCCCGAGAGCAAAACAGACGUGGAAACAUCUCUGCAAAGACUUGCUGGUUUCCUAAAGUCCAAGGAUGCAGAGAGACGUCUGGAACAGCUGAGAGAUCAGCUGGAGAGAGGCAGCCAGCAGUUUCCUCCCCAGCAGCUCUCUGACUUCAGCGACUGGCUGAAGGAGCAGCAGAAGGAGGUGGGCAUGUUCACAACCCACUGCCACAACAGGCAGAAGCAAAUGGAGUCACUCCUCAACGACUUGAACAGUCUGCAGAAGCAACACGAUGGCUUCCGUGACUGGCUGCAGAUUAAAGAAAAACACUCUGUGGAGUCCGACAAAGUCAAGCGUCUUCUCAAAGACCUCCAGGAUGAGAGCGGUAGAGCUGAAACCCUCAGUGAGCUGUUAGCAUCAGUACGCAGACAAGGCGUCAGAGCUGAAAGCCUCCUGAAGGACGGUGAUAACUUGAUUCAACGCUACCGAAACCUGGAGGCCCGACUGCAGAGGGAGGCAGACGCCCAGAGCAAACUGGAUGAGGAAUUGAACAAGUUCAGUGCUGAGGCGGAGAGCACCAGGACAUGGAUAACUGACCUUCUAAAACCCCUCACCUCCACUGACACAGAAACCCAGACAGAGGAGAUGAAGCGCACAGCACAGGCCGUCCUGAGCUCCAAAGCUGAGGGAGACUCCAAACUGAACAACCUGAGAAGAGAAAGUGAACGUCUGUGUGAGUGCGAGGACCUGAAGGAGGACAGGAAGCAAGAGGUUCAGCAGUCAGUUAGAGACACAGAGGAGCAAUGGGGGACGGCUCUGCAGGCAGCUGAGGAGGCUCUCAACAAGGCGGAAACACAAGCCCAGCUAGACGAGAACAUAGACGCUUUCAGAGCUCAGAAUGAAAAUGUUCAGUCCUGGAUUAGAGACCAGGAGCAGAACUUGCAGUCACUUGGUGAUUCCGUGCAAGUUGACGAAAAGCUUCAGAUUGCAAAAGCUACUCUGAACUCCAAGCCAGAUGGAGAGUCAGAGCUUCAGGAUCUGAAGCAACGAUGCCAGAGUCUGUGUGACAACCAGGGCUUGGACGAGAGCAGAAGACGAGAGGUUCAGGACGCCGUCAGACACACAGAGGAGCAGUGGAGGAAAGUCCUGACAGCUGCUGAAGAGGCUCUCAACAAGGCAGAGACUGAAGCUGAGACUGAGAGGGACUUUGAUGCUUUCAGAAGCCAAAGCCAAAACCUCCAAUCCUGGAUCAAAGAACAGAAGCAGAAGUUGUUGUCGCAUGGUAGUCAAACCCUGUUUGAGGAAAGGUUACAGGUGGCACAGGCUGUUACGACCUCCAGACCUGAAGGAGAGUCCAAGGUGCUCGACCUGAAGAGACGAGGUGAAAGUCUGUGCGAGCUUGUGGAGGAGAGCAGGAAAGCAGAGGUUCAGCAGCUGGUAAACGACGCCCAGCAGCAGUGGAAAACAGUCGUACAGGCAGCCGGACAGGCGGAGCUCCGAGCUCUUUCAGACGACUUUGACGCUCAGAGUAAAAACACUCAGUCGUGGAUCAGAGACAGACAACAGGAGCUUCAGACUGUGGGCGCUCACACAUCAACAGAAGAGAGAAUCCACACAGCUCGGAACAUCUUGAGCUCCAAACCUGAAGGUGACUGUAAGGUAAACAACCUGAGGAGGCGAGGCCAGAGUCUGUGUGACCACCCGGGUGCUGACGAGGGGAGGAAAGUCCACGCUCAGCAGACAGUCAGAGACACGGAGGAGCAGUGGAGGACUGUCCUGCAGGCUGCCAAACAGGCCGAGGAUGCUGCAGGAGCCGAGAUCACCCAGAGGACCGAGAGGAGAAAGUCGGAGCUGAGAGAAUUCAAUGCCCUUCAGCAGGACACGAGCAGCUGGCUUACAGACCUCCAACAUCAACUGGACUCACUGAAGAGCCAAACCAAAGCUGAAGACAGACUGCACUCAGCUCAGACUACUAUGAGCUCCAAGGCCGAAGGAGACUUCAAGCUCCAGGAGCUCAGGAGGAAAGUCCAGAGUCUCUGUGGACAGGACCUCGAGGAAGACAAAAAACUGCAGCUAAAAGUGAAAGGUGCCGAGGAGCAGUGGAUGAGAAUCAUGCAAAAUGCUAAACAGGCCCUGGAUCAGGCUGAGAGGGAGUGUGCUCUGGAGGGCCAGCUGAGAGACUUUAAAGCCCUCAGCGAAAACACCAGAAACUGGCUGGAAGACAAGCAGCAGAGCCUUGACCGUCUGGAUAGUCAGACAGAUCUGGAAAAGACAAUAAACACUGCGCAGACCAUCCUGAGCUGUAAGCCUGAGGGAGACUCCAAGCUGGCAGAGCUGAGCAGACAGAGUCAGAGUCUGUCUGAGCAGGAGGACCUGGAGGAGAGCGUGAGAUGGGAGGCUCAGCGGUCAGUCGAAGAGUCUGAGGAGCAGUGGGGGGCAGUCCUGCAGUCUGCUGAGAACACGCUGAAGAAAGCUGAGGUCCAGUACUCGCUCUACAGGGAGCUGGAGGCCUUCCGUAGCCAAGCAGGGAGCACCAAAACCUGGCUCAGAGAGCUCCAGCAACAGGCCGAGUCCAAAGGGAGCAACACUCAGGGCGGCCGGCCUCAGCUAGAGGACAGGCUGAACACAGCACAGGCCAUCUUGAGCUCCAGGUCCAGUGGUGAGGCUCAGGUGACGGGGCUGAAAAGACGAGCACAGAGUCUGUGUGAGCAAAAAGACCUGGAGGGAGACAAGAAACAGGAGGUUGAGCAGUUGGUCAGAGACGCUGAGCAGCAGUGGAGGACGGUCCUGAAGGCGGCUGAGGACACUCAGAGACAGUUGAAGAGUGUUGUGGAGCGUUUGGUGUCCUGUCAGCAACAGCGACACCAGGCUGACGCCCGUCUGUCCAAUCUUCGGAAGCGGACGUCCAGCCUGCCCUGUCUCUUCCCCUGGCCCGGUCUGGGAGAGCGGAGGCAGGCAGUGGAACAGGCCCGGACCCUGCUGGACGAGGCCACAGCUUUGGCCCCCGUCCUCUCAGACGUCUGUAGACAGGCUGCAGAGCUGUUUGAAAUCACACAGGACCAGGACUGGUCAGAUCCCUCCUGGACAGCCAAGGAGGAGUCCAUUCCUGCUCUGCUGAAAGAGCUGACUGAUGCAGUAGCUAACCUGGAGGAGGGCAUCCUGACGGAGAGGCAGUGCACCCAGCUGCUGGAGCAGCAUGAAGCGGCCCAGGACUGGCUGAGGGAGCAUGUUAAAGGACUGGGAGCUCCUCCAGCAGACAGACAGGGUCUGCACAGCACUGUCAACACUCUGAAGGCUUUGCUCCAGACUGUGAACAGGGAGCAGAGAGAGAUGCAGGAGCUGGACUCUGCCAGGGACAGUUUGCUGAGUCUCUGUACCCCGGGAGGUCGGGAUGCCCUGACCCUGCAGGUCAGCCACCUCCACGACCUCUGCACCACCUCAGAGCAGGAGGUGAGGGAGCGCCUGACGGUCUGUGAGACGCGUCUCGGGGAGCUGGCCAGGAGGGCCCAGGGGCUGAAGGAGAGAGCUGCAGCCCUGCAGUGGGAGCUCCGCUCUCUGGACCAGGCGCUGAGUUACAGUGAACCACAGAACAACAUCGCUCAGCUGCAGCAGCACUGGCACAGUCUCCAGAACUGUGAGAAGUCACUCGAAGAUUUGGGUGUCAAAGUUCAUGAGCUUAACCAGGAAGUAAAGGAAACUCCUGCCGCUGACGAGCUGCCAACAGAGAUCAUCGCUGGGGUGGAGUCUCUGUGCCAGCAGCAUGACAGUCUUCGGUCAAGGCUGAAUGAGCAUCAGGAAACCUGCUCUACGAACACAUCUCGCUGUCUGAUGGACUGUCUUCACGCCCUGCAGGACUGGAACCACAAUAAACCAUCAGAGUCCAGCUCUUCUGUGCAGGUGACAUUAAACAAAGGUGAAAAGCUGCAGGACAGCCUGCGGGAGGCGCUUUCUCACCAGCAGUUUCUAACAGACUGUCUGACGUCGGUCUUGUUUGAGAAACUAGAGAAGGAGGCUUCAGAUACUCUCAGAGAAGCAGACACACAUAAAGCUUCUCUCAACCAGAGCUUAAAGGAACUUGAUGAAAUGAGUAAACAAAAGCAGCCUGAUGUCCUUCAUGGUAAUGCAGAGGAGACAAGGCCAUCUGUAGUGGCACCACCACGAAAAAACAAGCGCUCAGCUGAGAAAAAUCUACAGAAAACCAUCCCCUUAACAGAAAAAUCUGUUCAUGACGAAAUGUCAGUUUCAGCUGAGCUGCAGACUGAGACUAAAAAAUUAAAGCCAACUGUGACAGUAGACACAAAAAUUACUGAUGUGGAGCAAAUCACACCUGAGCCAACAGAAGAGGAGCCUCAGAGUUCAACAUGUGUUUCAGAACCAUUUACAGCACCCUCAGCAAAUGAGCAAAUUAAACCUGCUGUUGAGGAACCUGCACUGAUCCAAAAGCUUAUUGAGCAGUCUGCAGCUGCUGUUACUAAGAAAACCACACCUGUACCGUCCAGGAGAAAGACCAAGACUUCAGCCACUGAAACAGAACCUGGCCAGACUAAGGUGGCACCCAGAAAAGUGGAAACUAUUAUUACUCAAGGAUCAUCGAGACAUCAAAGUGGAACUGCUGCUGUGGAAGAACCAAAGAAUAUGGACACUGUGUCAGUUCCUGUGUCAAUAACAGAACAAGCUGCAACAGCGGUUGUUGAGCAAGCCAAGCUUGGACCUACCGGUAAAGAGUCACAGAACUUGAAGAUUACUCAGAUAAAACCAGCACAGAUCAAGGACGAUGCUGAGAAUCAGUCUGUCUCACCUUCAGAACUUCUUACAGAAACAGAUUCUGAGCAUUCUAAAUCUGUACCAAAAAAGCAAAAGUCAAAGACUUCCACAACUUCAGAGCCAGUUGCUACCCAAAGUGAUAUAGGUGAAUAUACACAGCUUGAGGAAAGUAAGGAAGAACCUAAGAAUGGAAAGACUUCUUCAGCUGCACAGAAAACUGAUUUGGUGAAGGAACCUGAGAAGUCGUCAGCCUCAGAGUUUGUUUCAGAGGUGACUGAAACUGCUAAUCUGAAACAAAGUGAAGUUUUACCACCCAAGCGAAAAUCAAGGAGUCCAAACCUUCCUCUGAAACAGGCUGAUGAGCAGGUAGCAAAGAUGACAGAGGAACUUGAAAGUCAAAGUUCUCCUUUGAGUUUUAAAGAGAAAACUGAAGGUGUUGUGAUGGAGGAAACAAAGAUCAUUCCAACUAGGAGAAAGUCAAAGAAUGUUGAAAUUACUUCAACUUUACAGCAAAUGGAACCCGAAGGUAAUAAAAAAGAACCUGACAGCCUGAAGUCUUCUUCAGCUCCACAGGUGGUCACAGAACCAACUGUUAUUGAGAAAGAAAAUAAGCUUUCUCCAAUUAAAGGAACAUCGAACAUCUCAAUACUGCCUCUAGAAUGUGCUACCAAGGAGAUGACAGAGAAUAAGCAAGAAACAAAGAAUAUAGAAACCGUUAAUCUAGAUAUUUCAGAGCCAGGUGCUCAGGCUCCUCUGAUAGCUGAUAUAGUUAUACCAGCCAGGAGGAAGUCAAAGAGUCUUGAGGUUUUGGUUCCAGAAUCAGUAUCUCCCAUCGAUAAAGAUGCUGGUGUGAAGUCUAAGGAAACAAAACAAGAAACUGUAAAUGAUCCCACAACCCCAGAGUUUGUUCAAGACAGAGCUGAAAUCGAUGUUGUGGAACAAACUAAAUUUUUACCACCGAAGAGAAAGUCAAAGAAUACAGAACUUCCUCUUAAACUUGCUGACACUGUGGUGCCAGAAGAGCCUGAAAGUCAGACUGUCAGUGACCAAAGAGAAACUGUUGUCACUGAGCAAACAAUGCUUGUACCAUCCAGAAGAAGGUCAAAGACCAGCGACUUUUCUGCAACUUCCCAGACAAUUACCCAUGUUAGAUCACCUGAUGUGGACCCUGAGCAAAAUAAGACAGAACCUAGCAGUCAAAAGUGCUCAACUCCAGAUGUGGGCACAGGAGCAUCACAAAGUACUGUUGUAGAAAAGGAAACAGGUAAGCUUUCACCAACCAAAAGAAAGACAAAGGGUCUGAAACUGUCCCCAGAACUUGCUACCAAGGACGUGACAAAGACCAUAAAAGAGCCUGACACACAAAAGUCUUUAGAGCAAUCUGAAGCUGUUGUUUCUGAAGAAACAAAGCUCAUACCAACCAGGAUGAAAUCAAAAAGAUGUGAUGUUUCCAUACCUUUAGAGCCUGCCAUUGGUGGAACUGGUGAUUUGGAUUCCAAGGAAGCUAGCAAAGAACUUGAAAGUGGGAGUGCUUCUUCAACUGCUCAGGUAAUCAGGGCAAAAUCUGAAACUACUGUUGUGGAUGAAAGUGACCUUCUGCCAACCACAAGCAAGUCCAACAGUCCAAACAUUUCUCCAGAACUUUCUCACAAGGAAUCACAAGCCGUGGAAAAACAUAGCAAAUUAAGUCAGUCAACUGAAGAUACUGUUAUGGAAGACACUAAGGUUAUACCAUGUAGGAGGAAGUCAAAGGAACGCCCCAACAGUCAGAAGCCAACUGAAAUUACAACUCCUGUUGUGGAAAAAGGUAAGCUUUCACCAACCAAAAGAAAGAAGGUUCUGAAACAUUCCCCAGAGCUUCCAAAAUUAGAGUUGUCACAGCCCAGGGAAGGCCCUGACACUCAAGAACCGUCUUCAACUCUUGACGUAGUCACAAAUACAAGUGAAGUUACUGUUGUAGAAAAUGAUCAGCUUUCACCAACCAAAAGAGAGUCAGAUGAUGUAAAACCUUCCCCAGAACUUGGUGACACAGAGCUGACAAAGGCCAAAGAAGAGCCUGAAAGUGAGAAACCGUCUUCAAUUCCAGAGGUGGCCACAGGACCAACUGAAAUUACUGAAACUCCUGUUGAAGAAAAGAGUAAGCUUUCACCAACUGAAAGAAAGUCGAAGGGUCUGAAACUUUCCCCAGAGCUUCCUACCACAGAGCUGACACAGUCAAAGGAAGGACCCGACACACAAACACCAUCGUCAGCUCCACGGGUAAUCACAGAAACAACUGAAUGUAGUGUCGUAGAUAAAGGUACACUUUCACCAACCAAAAGACAGCAAACUGAAAGUGCUGUUAUGGAAGAAGCUAAGGUCAUACCAACCAGGAGGGACCCCAAGAGUGAAGAAAGUCCCAAUGCUCCAGAAAAAGCCUCUACACUCAAAAGAAAUACUGAUGAAACCUUAACAGAACAUGAGAGUGUGAAGUCUUCUGUAACCCCAGACUCUGCUCAGGCUGAACCUUCAGAGCCUGUGAUUACAUCUGUUUUAACAAUGGCUAAACCUCCUCACUCUGAGUUAGAUGAGCCUAAAGACAGAUGUGAAGAGGAGCAAGUCAUUACCCAGUCUGUAGAAAAAGUCUCAAGUCAAGUGCCUCAUCCACAAACACCUGAAAAAUCAAGUCUAGCAGACUACAUUGACAAGCUGUUGAAAAGCACAGAUGAGUUUCAGAAGAGAUAUCUGGUCCUCGAUCAGCCUGAGACAGGAGUCUCCCAAACAUAUGAGAUGAAGCAAGAGGCAGAGACUGUUGUUGAAAGUGAAGCAGCACAGUCUGCCUUUGCAGAUUUGGCAGUGAUGCAGCCUCAUAAGGCAGAGACAGAGUUUUCAGAAAUAAGCUUAUCUGAACAAGACAGAGUGACACCAGGUGAAGCUGUGAGUGAGUUAACAUGUUUGGAAACCACACAGGAAAGACCCAAAGAUGUCGGAGAACAUGGUGUCAAAGAAGAGCGGGAUUUGCACCAAUCAAGUAUUCAAUGUAAAACAGAACCUCAAAGCAAGGAUAUGACUGGUAGUGAUAUUCAGCGAGAAAAGGUUAGAAUUAAGAUGACCAGGCUAGAAGUGGAAGAAAGUAUGAGUCAAUGUCAAGACAAUGUGGCUAAAAGUGACUCUACACAACCCGGCACUGCUGUUUUUACAGCAGUGGAGCCAAGUGAAACAGACACAACAUCACUGCAAAUAAGCAUAUCUGAGCAAGAAACAGUCAAACCCAGCCAAAGUUUGGAGAUCUUGAAAACAACACAGGAGACACCCAGAGAGGUCAAGGAAGAGCAUGGUAAAGUGUUGACAGGUAUGAAUGAUGAACCUAAGUACCUGGAUGAAAAACCUCUUCAGAAAAUCCAUAUGGGGCCUGAAGUGUGCAUUCUACAACUAGAUAUACAGGCUGGCCCAGAGGAGGAAAAUGCAUCUAUCACAAGUGCAGAAGGGAUAAACAGUGUCCAAACAAGUAUGCAGAGUAAAAGAGUGCCAGAAAAUAAAGGUAUUACUACUGCUGAUGUUACACUGGAGAAAGCUGCAGUUACAGAGACCAUGAUGAAGGUUCAGGAAAGCAGUGCUCUAGGCCAAGACAGUGUACCUGAAAGGGACUCUACUCAGCUCACCUCUCCUGAUUAUGAAUCAUUGCAACCACAUGUGACAGAAUUCAUAGAAAUAAGCAUAUAUGAGCAAGACAUUGAAAUACCAAGCCAACCUGGUACUAGGAUAGAGCUCUUGAAAACUGCAUCUACACAGGUCAAGGAACAUGGGGUCCAAGAAGAGUAUCCUAAGGUGUCAACACAUGAUAUGCACGAAGAAGUGACAGAAAGCAAAGAUCUGACUUUUGCUGAUGUUUAUCCAGAAAAGGAUACAGUGAAAAUGAAGACAGAGGAACAUGAUCUCCAGAAUCAGGAUUCUACACUGACACAUGACAUGGAUGGUGCACCCAAGAGUUUGAAUGAAAAGUCAGUCAUAACAGAGAAACUUCGCAAAGAAGCUGAUGUGGAAACUUUACAACUAAAUACACCGACAUUUCAAGUGGAGGAGGAGAACAUCUCUGCCAUGACAGCAAAAGCACCCAGUAUACAGUGUGAAAACGUUCCAGGAAACAAAGAUGGGACAACAGCUGAUCUUCAACCUGAGAGUGUCCACGAUGCUGAAAUGUCACCAUCAGACAUGCAUGAUGUACCCAAGAGCCUGGAUGAAAGCUCUGUUAAAAAGGGAGAAAUGGUUCAAGACCCAGUACCCCUGACCACCACUGCUGUUGGAGGGAGGCUUCAGAGUAUGGAUUUGUCACAGGCAGUUCAGAAAUCUUCAACUGACAUUUUAUUGGAUGAUGUAUUGCUGGUGGAAGGAUUGCCCUCUCAGGAAAAUAAAGCACAACCAGAAGAAAGUGUUGUGAAAACUGAGGAUCAUGUUAUUGAGCUUCCUGAAUCCACCAUGGGGAACAUCUUCACAGAAGUACAGCUACUCGCAGGGACAGGACCAAACAGUCAACUCAUUAAGGGUAAACCGCUGGAGGAUGCUCCAGAGGCUCUGAUUACAUCCACCGGUGAUCUUGACAAUCGCCUAAGCAGGCUGACGUGUAAAGUCCUGAGCUGCAAGAACCAACCAGCUGUGCUCAGCCCAACAGCCAUGGCCCAGCAGCUGGAGGAAGCUCAGGAGUGCCGAAACACUGCUCGGGCACAGGUGUCAUUGCUCUCUCAGCUGAGAGGAGCUAAUACUGAGAACAGGGAGGCUCUGGAGCUUGUGGAGGACAAGUGGUGUACUGCUGUUCAGGAUGCAGCUGCUGUCAUCCAGAGUAAAGAGGCCCAGCUGCAGGUGGUGACUGACUACUGCAGACAAACCCAAGAGGCCAAAACGAAGCUGGAGAGACUUACAGCAGACCUGAAUGCUGUCAGAAUGUCCCCAGUGGAGAGCAGCUUGAAGGAGACAGAGCGACUGUGCUCCUUACAGAGAAGCAUAGAGGAAAAUAGAACAGUACUUGGAGAGAUGCUCGUCACCCAUACCAAGUUAUCCCCCCACCUCAGCCGAUCUGAACGAGCAGCCGCGCAGACUGAGCUGAGGAGCCUUCAAGAGAAGUGGAGUGGCCUGGAAGGAGAUGUUGAUAGGAUGUUAUAUUACACAAAUGUCCAUUCUCACGAGACCAGCAGCCUUCUUUCUACAAUAUCAAGUCUUCAGGAACAUUUGGAGACAAUUGGCAAAGACCUCGAAGCCAAAUCUCCUUCAGCUACUCAGUGGAAUUGCAAGAAGGCGCAGGAACUGAUGGUUGCAAAUGCUGAGGUAAAAGCAGCCCAGCAAACACUCCUUCAUUUGCACCAGCUGUCAGAGGCACUACUCCUCAGCUCACAGUGGGAGAAAGAAAUAAAAGAGAUACAGCAGGGACUUCAGAAGGUCAAAGACCAACUGAGCCACAUAGAGGAACUAGUGUCCUCCCACACUCAGAGUAGUAGCAACCCCAUCAUGGAGAAAAUGAUCGUGGUGAUGAGGGAUGGCCUUGCCUGGGCGAAGCAGACAGAGACUGACAUUGAGGGCAGGAGGAAGAGGGUGGCUCUCCUCCCUGAGGAUGUGCACAGGCAGUUCAGAGAUCUGAAGAAGCUGCAAUUUGAAGUCAUGGCCAAACAGGGCCAACUGGAGUCACUUGUGGAGGAGGUGACGGAGCUCCUUCCACAGCUGGACCAGGCUGAGGAGGUGCCCAUGGUGCGCUCUUCUCUGGAGUUCCUUGAAGAGCUCUCAAAGUCGACUACUGAGAAGCUAACCAAGGCUGUAAGAGAGAUAGAGUCAGGCCUUCAGACCAGAGAAAAGCUGACAGAGCAGAUUGCUGAUCUAGACUCCUGGGUUGUGACUCAUCUGAUUCGAGAGGUCUCCAAGAGUGAAGACGACGAGCUCAGGAGUCCUGCUGAUCUUGAUCACAGAGUUCGCCAAAUCCAAGAGACCCUGGCUGAAGCUGAGAAGCAGGCUGCUGUCUGUGAGGCUCUUUUAAUGGAGAGUAAAGACAUCGCCUCUGAACUCAGUAUUGCAGAAAACUGCCAGCUUUUUAACAAGCUUACCAACCUCCAGGAAGACAUCCGAGCCAUCAGCAGCUAUGAGAAGGCCAACAAAAAAGAGCUGGACGAACUCACCCAGACUGUAGAUUCAUGCAUGAAAAAGCUGGCCACUGUUGAAAAAGGCUUCAGGUCCAUGUUAGUAGAUCUGGAUAGACACAAGUUCCCCAUCACAAGAGAGUUCCUGCAAGAUUUAGAGCCUUUCAAACACAUGAUUUUGGACCACAAGUCCCAAGUUGACCUUCUGCAACCGUGGAUUCCCCAGGAAGAGACAAGAGAACUAUACUCAAUCAUUUCUGAACUUGAAAGCAAAAUGGCCACCCUGGAAAUGAAAUCCACAGAUCAUGAGAGGUACCUGUACAUGAGGCAGUGUGUGGAGGACCUCAUAGAGAACACCCAGGAGCAGGUCCAUCAAACCAAAGAAGACAGCAAGGAACUGGAGGAAAAGUACAAGCUCUGUCAGACUCUCACUGUCCAGUUACCUCUGAUAAAGAAUUUGUCUGAAGAGACUCACUCCAAACUCCAGAUGAUCUCUGCUGACCUUUACCCCUCACAGCUAAGUGCAGAGCAACGGAGACUGAAACAAAAUGAGGUGACCCUUGACAUGUUGGAGAUAACACUCUACAACAACCUCAGCAUCGUUGAGUGGAACCUGCUGAAGGAACUGGACCUCAAGGCAGAGAAAGCAGCCGCUCAGGCCUUCCUCACAAAGACCCAGCAGGAGCUGCAGAAAGUCCCUGUGUUGGAAACUAAUGAAACAGUUAUUAAAAACGAAUACCGGAGAAUCAUGAUUUUGAAAAAGACUGUGGAGUCAAGAAUGAGAGCAGUGGAGGUUUUAGAGCAAAACAAGGGAACCAGAAGAGGAAGUGGAUCCCAAAAUCUGAUGGACUUGAAGAAUGCACUCCUCAGUGAAUGUGACUCUCAAAUGGAGAACAUCUCAGAGGCCAGAAAGUCUUUGAGGAGCUACACAUGUGCUGUGAGACAAGCAGUACAAUUCCUGAGGGACAUUGAAGUCUCUCUGCUGCCACCGCAGGGCUCUGCUGGACUCUGCUCUGAAAGGCUGGAGGAGACUCAGCAGGCCCUGGCCUCACUGCAGCACCACUUCCAGACACACGUGGAGCAGCUGCAGAGCCAGGACACCCUGCAUCCUUACCUGUCCCCCCAGACAGUGGAGCAGCUCCAGGAGAGAAUUCUGAGCCAGCUUCUGGUGAGGAUGUCCACUCUCCAGGCAAUGGGCCACAUACGACUGGACUGUCUCAGCAGGUGUGCAGAAAGUCACAGAAAAUACUCUAAAUGCCAAGAUGAAAUCAUCCAGAUUGUGAUGAGUGUGGAGAGGAGCCUCUUACAGGUGCUCUGUCAAAAGGUCACCUGUCUCACUGACUGCAUUGACCAACACGCCAAGCUGAAUGAUCUGUAUGAAGAGGUAGAGUCCCUGCAGAGGCCCCUGAAGGAGCUGAAGGAGUGGUGCCCAGAGCAGAGCUGUUGUGGAGGCCGCGAGGCCGUCGUCACCGCUGUCUGGAAACGACUAGCAAGACUCCUUCGCUGCACUCGAGAGCUGACAGCUCGUAGCAAACAAAGGGUUGCAGAAUGGGGUGAAAUCACCAACAGCGUGGAGAAGGCCUCUGUUGUCCUGGAGGAGGUGGAGGCGGAGCUUCCAGAUCACUCUGGGGAGAAGGCCUCCACUGAGGAGCUUCAGGACCUGCUGCAGUCCUGGGAACAGAACCAGGACAGACUGGACUGCGAACAUCGAGCCCUGUCUGCACUGGAACUGCGCACAGCCAGGCUGCUGGGUGUCCCUGCCCACCUGGAGCAAGCCCCUCCCACUCCACUCUGUCAGCAGCUGCAAGCGAUGCAGGCCCGAUACGACAGUGUGAAGGAGAGGAGCAGGGAGGGCCUGGAGGCGGCCAGGAUGGAGCUGGAAGAGAGAGAAAAGAUUCGGGAGGAGCUGCAUGGCAUCCAGGUUUGGCUGGAGGCUGCAGAUGGUCUUCUGUCGGAGAUGGAGCAGAGCAGCAGCACAGAGGAGCUACAGGAGGUUCACAGCCAGCUGUUCACCCAGAAGGCUUCGCUCCAGCGCAUCAUGGAGAGCCUGAAGAUGAAGUACUCAGACAUGUACAUGCUGGUCCCGGUCGACAUCGAGGGGCAGCUGCAGGAGGUCACACAGUCGCUGCAGCAAACAGAAGUAAAGGUAGGUGAGGUGGUGCAGAGGAGUGGUCCCGUCCACAGGCUGGGGGCCAAGCUGUGUGAGAUCCAGGCUGGCCUGAGGUCAGUUCAGAAACGACUUGAACAGAAAAGCCCCACUGUGACUCAAGCAAAGCUCACUCAGAAGUGUGUGUGGGACAAGCUGGACAUGUGGCACUCGUGUCUCGCCGCUCUGGAGGUGGACAUGCAGGACCUGGAACCAGAGGAGGUGCUAACUCUCACGGAGAGACUCGUGGAGGUGCAGCAGCUCCACUCCCAGCUGGCCAAACAGGCGGAGCAGAGGACCACCCUCAUCAGCAAGAUUCGUACGUGGCUUCAGCAGCAUCAGGAGAUGAUCAACAGCUCUACCAGCUGGAUGGCCGAGGCUCAGUCGUGGCUCGCUGCUCCCUGCACCUACACCACCGCAAAGUGUCUGAGCAGCCAUGUUCAGGCCCUGCAGACGGUGCUGGAUGACUCGGCACAGAUCCGGUCCACGCUGCAGGGCUUCAGCUCAGUCCUGAAUGAAAUGUCGCAGGUUUGCGAUGUAACAACUCUGCAGCAGCAACUGGUGGAAGCCGAUCGCGAAGUGGCCAGCGUUCAGGACAGCUUCACCGCUCCUCUGUCCCAGCUGGAGCACGCUGCUGCCGAGGUGGAAGCCAUUGAAAGUGAAGUCAGGCGGAUGGAGAACGAUGUGGCCGAAAUCAAGACCUUGUUAACGUCUCCAGAGUCUUUCCCCAGCCCCAGGGAAGAAAGCCUCAAGAUUGUUGAGCAGAGGAUCCAGUCCAUGAGGAGGACCAUAGCAGAGAUCCAGAAGUGUAAACCGGGCCUUUGUCUUCCAGACAAGGCUGAAGAGAGUCUGACUGUCUUUACUGUGGUGGACCAGCUCCAGAAUCUGCUGCUGGAACUGGAGAAGAAGGUCCCUGCUCUCUUCAUCCAGCAGCCCCCGACUCCAAACCAGGCCAAAGCUCCAUCGGCCCAGCAGGCCACCUCUCAGCCUCAACUCAUAAAAUCCACUUCAGUGGAGGCUGAGAAGGACGACGUGGAGCAGGGCCAAAUCAGAGUUGCCCACGUUGAAGCAGAUGUGCUAAAGCGAACCGGAGCCACGCUGCUGACUGUGCAGCGGUCCUCACCUGAGCAGAGACAGUCCUGGACCCCUGACAGCGCUCAGCAGCGGGAGCAUCAAGACGUGCUCCGGGCUGAAGAGGCCAGGGAGAGUAGAGGGAGUGAGGAGCAGAGAGUGGAGGAAGGUGAAGAAGGUGUUUUAUGGUGGCUCUGGGAGGUCUUCCUGGGCAUUUAUCCAGAGGAGCCUGCGGUUGUUGUCCCAGAAGAGACUAAAGCUGCCAGUGGACAAAACAUUGACUGGACUGGAGGCAAUACGCAGGAUGUUGAGGGCCCCACUGACACCACAGCAGCAAGUUCACCUGAAGCUUUGUCAAAACCUCUGGGCACAGUCCGAACUCAGUCCCUGCCCGAGAGCAUGGAGCUCAUGAAGGGACAGAGGGGGCUUGCAUGGAGGGGGGAUGACCCCGAGGGGCUGAAGACACACACAGCACACACACAUGCACCUGCAGGCUGCACACAGGCCGAGCACCUAGUCACACUCGCAGAGGAGUCUAGUGAGUCUAGUGCAGCUCCCAGGUCAGAGAGCAGUGAGGUGGACAGCAGUCCGCGGUCAGCUGAGACGUCUCAGAGCUCGGGUCCGACAACAUCUGCGGACGUUCUGAUGAGACGUGUAGAAACAGCAGCGGCCGCACACGCAGAACGAGCCAAGGCCUCAGAGCCUCCAGCCUCCCCCACCUGCACGUUCAGACUGCAGCCACAAGACCAAACCGAGGGCCUGCGUCCUGCAGCUGCCCUGGCCCAGCCAGAGCCAGCUGGGUCCCAGCCUGGGCCCCGUCCCGGUGAAGGUGUCCUUCAUGUCUGCCUGGAGAGGGUCGGCCAGCUGGAGCUGUGGCUGCACAAAGCCCAGAGGAGCCUGGUAGCAGCUGCCGGUUCAUUAACCAUGCAGGACAGCGUGGAACAGCAACUACUCACCUGCCAGGAGAUGUUCGUGGAGAUCGAGCAGAAGGUCGCCGGCCUGUCGGCGCUCGGCCUGCCCGCUGAGCAGCAGCACGGCGACCUGCGAGCUCUGGGAUCCCAGCAGGAAGAGGCUGAGCUGCUCUCCUCCAAACUGGAGCUCCUGAAGGCCAACCUGGUCCACUUCCAGCAGCUGCUACAGGACCGACAGGAGGAGGAGCGAAGCAUCGCGCAGGAGCAGAAGUCGGUACCUCAGCCUGAGCGCCACCUGGUGUCCACGCUGAAGCGCAGCAGCAGCGUUCAGGAGAUCUUCUCCUCCCCGAGAAACAAGCUGCUCAGACAGAGCAGCCUGCAGCAGCAGAAGGAGCUGGAGCAGCAGCUGACUGAGCAGAGAGGACUGACUCAGGCCAUCGCCAGGCAGGGCAGCAGAGCUCGACUCCUCAGCCGGGAGCCGUCGCCGUGCUCGCCUCCUGCUGAGCCCGAUGUGGACGAGGACUCGGCUCUGAAGACGUGGGGUCGCCUUCACAGCCGGCUGCUGAGUUUGGAGGAGAGCUGGCUGCUUCCUCCCUCUGAGGUGACAGACUCAUCUGUGAGGCGUAGUGAUGGAACAGCAGGACGUGUGAUUGGCACACAAACCCUAAAAGAGCUCCAAAGCCACAUCAUCCAGCUGAGAGAGCUGCUGAAUCAGGCCUCCUCUGUGGACGGCUCCCAUCAGACGCUGGAGCAGGGUUUGUUUCAUGUGCUGCACGGAGCGUCCCUGUCCCUGUCCUCCAUCUUCCACCUGCUGCACCCGCCUGCUGGGGGGACACACGAAGAGGACGCCCAGCUGAGGCUGCUGCAGCUGCAGAGUCUGUCUGCAGAGCUGGCUACGCUUGGCAGCGAGCUGGGCUCCCAGGGGUCGAAGGUCAGCCGCGUCCUGCGCUCAGAGCGUGGACAGCAGUGUGUGGACGACGUGUGUCGAGUCCUUCCUGUGGUCCAGGCUGCACUGAGCAGCGGAGAGAAGCAGCUCAGAAACCUGCAGGAGGAGAAGGCAAAGCAGCAGAUACAACUAAAUGAGUUGCAUGCAGCCUUCACCUCUAACCAGCCGACUGUUCACCAAACACUUAAUGAACUCAGUGGAAUCCCGGGCCUUAACCGACAGCUGCAGGCUGCGGUUCAGAUGCAGGAGACUCUGCAGCAGCAGGUGGAGCAGGUGAGCUCCGUGCUGGAGGAGGCCGACCAACACCACCUGCCUGCCUCUCUCAUCCUCCAGGCCACGCAGCUGCAGAGUCAGCUGGAUGGUGCUCUGGGUGGUGUUCGCUCCCACACUGCCGAGCUGAAGAGCAGGGUGGAGCUGCAGCAGCUGUACGAGCGGCUGGUCCACAGCCUGGAGGAGCUGCUCGAUGUGGGCUCUAAACGCCUCGAGCAGGGGCCUGACGCAGAGCUGCACAGCAGGGCUCAACUCCUGCAGCAGCACCGCAGUCAUACGAAGUUCUUCCAGUUCUUGGACCAUCAUUCAAGGAUCCUGGAGUACUUGACCCAGAGAGUCCCAGAGAGCGCCCCCCAGAGGUGGGAGGGUAUAGUGAAGGGCCUGCUGGGUGAGGUCGCCCAGCUGCAGCAGCUCAGACUGGAGAAAGGAACCAGGAUGCAGGAAACAUUACAGAUGUGGACGCAGUGGGAGGAGGACAGCACCUGGUCAGACUCCCUGCUGACGGGCAUUGAGACUUCAUUUCCCAAGAUGCACGAGGGGGGUGAUUCUGAGGAGCAGAUAUCAGAGAAGAUCUCAGUCUACCAGGAAGUGCGUGCCGCACUGGAGGGAAACCAGGCUCGGUUUAGCCGGAUGCUGGAGGCGGGGCUCUGGCUGCAAAAGGCGGGUUGUAGAGAAGUGGGCGUGUCCACCAGAGAGCUGGAAGCACGCUGGAGAGCCCUGCACAGGAAGGCGGAGCACAAACACACCGCAGAGCACAGGAAGUGGAAGCUGAAGAGCGGGUUUCUUCGUGACUUCGCUGUACUGGCUGACUGGAUGGGCGGGGCCAGAGAGCAGACGGACACCUGGAGUCAACGGUCCGCCUCAGAGGGGAUGGAUGCUGAACAGAGACGGGAACUUUACCUCCAGUGUGUGGCUUUGACCAAAGAGCUUGAGGCCAAAUCUGGACUGAAGGUUGCUGUAAUCGAUGCUGGAACUCAGCUGGUCCAGCUGAGGGAAGCAGAGGGAGACUCAGACAGAAAUCCAGAGGACAGAGAGACCUCAUUGUCUCAGACUUCAGACCCAGAUGUCUGCUCCAUCCACUCCCGGCUCAGACAGGUGGAGCUGGACUGGUCCAGUCUGCUGGCUGAUGUUCCCGUUGUCCAGCAAGCUCUGCAUCAGCGGUGGUUGGAGACGCUGACCCAGCAGGGGGCGCUGCUGGAGCUGCAGGCCUGGCUGGAAGCUGCUGGGUCCCGGCUGGAGGAACAACGCAGCAGAAUCAACCAAACCUCCUCCUCCAACACCGAUCUGAGUCAGCUCCUCAGACACUGCAAGGAGUGUGGGACAGAAAUGUUGGCCCAUCAGGCCACUCUGGACUACGUGAACCAGCUGUUGGAGACGUGCAGUACUGAGGACGGCCAGAGGGCGCGCUAUAAACACAACCAGUUUGCCGAGGAGCAGGGUCGUCUCAACCACCAGUGGCUCAGUUUGCAGGAAACCCUCAACUCUCAGGUCCAAGAGGUGGAGCAGGAGCUGAGGAGCAGAGCGGAGCGGGAAGUCCGUCUGCAGCAGAUCAGCAGCUGGAUCACAAAUCAGAACCUCUGGAUGGACUCGGCUCAGACGCCCAGCAGCCGGACGGAGCUGCAAAGGAGCAUCAGCACCUGCCAGGAUGUGGAGGAGAAGAUCAGACAGAAGGCUGUGGCCCUUCAGGAGCUGAGGGACAGAGGAGGCAGCAGCAGCGACUUCACCUCUCAGACAGACGAGUCCCUUCAGGACUGUGCAGCCCUCAGCCGACAGAAUGAGUCGGUGAAGCGGAGGCUGGUUCAGACCCAGCAGCUGUGGGAUCGUGUGGAGCAGCGACUCCAUCAGGUGACGCUGAGAACACUGAGAGCAUCUCAGACUGUCGACUGCCUCAGCAGCCCUCAGGUCUGCCUGCAGGCACACAGGGACCAGCAUGAACAGCUGCAGCUUCUUCAGGAGGAGACUGCAGCCUCGCGGACACAGUGGGACGAGCUGAGUCAAACUGUCUGCUCCCUCAGAGACGUCAUCAGUCCUGCUGCUGCCGCCCUCCUCAAGGAGCAGCUGGACAGACAGAGGGACAGUUGGACUGUGGUGUCUGGAGCGUUGGACGAGCAGCUCCAGAGGAGUCGGGGUGUCCUGCAGGUGUGGGACGUCUACGUCCAGCUGGCUGCGUCUUUGUCCCAGCGGCUGCAGGCGCUGCAGAGUGACGUGGAGUCGGCGCUGACCGCAGCCCCUGCAGACGAUAACACUGUGGAGCAGCUCGCUGCCAAGAUGCACAACAUUCAGAGUCUCCUGCACAGGACAGACACUUUGCAGUCUGACCUGGAGGGGGUGCUGGAGGCCUCCAAGGACUUGAUCGGCCACCUGGGACCUUCAGCUGCCGGCCUGGUCCAAUCAGAGAGCCGGUUGUUGUCACGUGGAGUCCAGCAGCUCAGCCGCGUGCUGACAGGGAAGCAGGGUCAGCUGCAGGAGGAGCUCGAGCGGCUGCAGGAGUUUGGAAGCAUCCUGGACUCACUGGAGAGAAACCUGGAGCUUUGGCUGGAGCGUCUGCACAAUGAGGCUCGGACAGCAGACCAGUCUGGCCUCCUGGAGCUGAGCGGCUUUUCUGCUGACCUGGAUGUGCUGAAUGAGCUGAGCUGCAGUCUGACGCUGGGCGACGCUGCCGCACGCCGCCUGCAACGCCUCAACCGCCGCUGGGCCGACGCCACCGCCAGAGCCGAGGAGACCUGCAGUGAGCUGCAGACGGAGGUGCUGAGGCAGCAGAGCUUUGAGCAGAAGUGUGAGAGCUGGAUGUCCUUCCUGCAGAGGAUGGAGGACAGCCUGGCUGUGGACGUGUCCGGCUCAUACGCCGGCCUCAGGCAGCAGCUCUGCACGCACAAGCGGUUUCAGGCAGAGCUGUCCAUCGGCCACCAGAUCCUCCAUUCGGUUAUCACAGAAGCUCUUCAUCUGCUGCAGAAAGGAGAGGUGGAUGACAGGAGUGACUUCAUCCUGAAGCUUGCCCAGCUGAGGGAGCACUGGCAGGGCGCGGUGCAGCGGGGGGACCAGCGGCGCUCCCUGGUGGAGGGGCUGGUGAAGCACUGGCAUCUCUACGGCCGCAGCCUGAGGAAGCUGCAGAGGUUCCUGUCGGAGACGCAGACCCUCCUCCCCCCCGCUGGACCGACCCGCUGCAGCCUGCAGCAGCUCCGACGCUCCCUCCACGACCUCCAGCACACAGAGCUGCUGUUCCAGAGGUAUCAGAGCAGCUUCAUCCACACUCUGGACGUCGGCCGGCAGCUUUUCUCCAUGGGGGACGAGGAGACCCAGGCUCAGCUGCAGACGGAUCUGGGAACCCUGCAGGAGGAGUGGGACAACCUCCACAGCCUGCUGGGCCGGAGGAUGGAGCUCACCGAGGCCAUCAUUAAGAACUGGGAGCGCUGCGAGGCCGGACUCGCAGACAGCAUGCUGCAGCUGAAGGACGUGAAGACCAGACUGAACGAGUCGAUGCCAGAGAGUGACGACGAGCUGCAGAGUGCUGAAGAGUUCACCAAGGAGAACGAGGACGCCCUGGAGGACUGGGCUGAGAGCCUGACGGAGCUGAGCGCCAUGAAGACGGAUUUGUCCCAGUACAUCAUCGCAGACGACGUCCUGCUGCUGCAGGAGCAGGUGGAGCACCUGCACUGUCAGUGGGAGGAACUCUGCCUCAAGGUGUCUCUGCGUAAACAGGAGAUCGCAGAUCGUCUCAACGCCUGGAUCAUCUUCAAUGAGAAGAACAAGGAGCUGUGCGAGUGGCUGACGCAGAUGGAGAACAAGGUGGCGCACAACUCCGACCUCAACAUCGAGGAGAUGGUGGAGAAACUCAAGAAGGACUGCAUGGAGGAGAUCAACUUGUUCAGCGAGAAUAAAACCCACCUGAAGCAACUCGGAGAGCAACUCAUCACAGCCAGCAACAAGACGAAAGAGGCGGAGAUCAACGACAAGCUGAAGGACGUCAACGACCGCUGGCAGCAUCUGUUUGACCACAUAGAGGCCAGGGUGAGGAAGCUGAAGGAGACGCUGGUGGCCGUGCAGCAGCUCGAUAAGAACAUGAGCAACCUGCGGACGUGGCUGUCGCGCAUCGAGGCCGAGCUGGCCAGGCCGGUGGUCUACAACGUCUGCCACAGCGACGAGAUUCAGAGGAAACUGGCCGAGCAGCAGGAUCUGCAGCGGGACAUCGAGCAGCACACGGAGAGUGUGGCGUCCGUGCUGACUCUUUGUGACGUCCUGCUCCACGAUGCCGACGCCUGCGGCGGCGACUCCGAGAGCGACUCGAUCCAGCAGACCACCCGCAGCCUGGACCGGCGCUGGAGGAACAUCUGCGCCAUGUCCAUGGAGAGGAGGAUGAGGAUCGAGGAGACCUGGCGUCUCUGGUGUAAGUUCCUGGAGGACUACUCUCGCUUCGAAGACUGGCUGAAGACAGCUGAGACCACCGCAGCGAACCCGGACUCUGCCGACGUGCUCUACACCAGCGCCAAAGAGGAGCUCAAGAAGUUCGAGGCGUUCCAGCGGCAGGUCCAUGAGCGUCUCACUCAGCUGGAGCUGGUCAACAAACAGUAUCGCCGCCUGGCCCGGGAGAACCGAACCGACGCCGCCAGCAAGCUGAGGCUCAUGGUCCACGAGGGGAACCGGAGGUGGGACGGCCUGCAGAGGAGGGUGGCUGCUGUUCUCCGCAGACUCAAGCACUUUACCUCUCAGAGGGAAGACUUCGAGGGAACCCGUGAGGGCAUCCUGGUCUGGCUGACAGAGAUGGACCUCCAGCUCACCAACGUGGAGCACUUCUCCGAGAGCGACAUCGAAGACAAGAUGAGACAGCUGAACGGCUUCCAGCAGGAAAUCACCCUGAACACCAACAAGAUCGACGCCCUGAUCGUGUUCGGGGAGAACCUGAUCCAGAAGAGCGCUCCGCUGGACGCCGUGCUGAUCGAGGACGAGCUGGAGGAGCUGCACUCCUACUGCCAGGAGGUGUUCGGCCGAGUGGCUCGCUUCCACCACCGGCUCGUCAACAGACGCCCGGUUCUGGAGGAGGAGAGGGAGCUGUCAGACCGGGACACGGACCUGGACGACUCGCCUGACCUCACCAACGGGACUUGCUGGAGGGAGGCAAGCAGGAAGGAGGUGGAGGUGGAGGAGGUUCCAGCUGUAGGUGGAGUUUCGGCUGGACGGCAGGCUGUGUGUCACCUCCUGGCACCUCCUCUGGAGCGGUCGGGACGAGAGACCCCCGUCAGCGUGGACUCCAUCCCGCUGGAAUGGGACCACACGGUCGACGUGGGAGGAUCUUCAUCGCACGAGGACGACGAGGACGCCACCUUCUUCAGCGCUCUGUCAGUGAAGUCAGUGAGCGACCCGCCCAGCUGGCACCAGCCCGGCUCGCCGGAGAGGAAACGAGUUCCCCGGGGGAUGAUGGGAGGCCUGAGCCCGUCUCCCACACACACCAGCAGCACUCCCUUCCCCCAGCGGCAGCAGCAGGGCUACGCUAAGCUCAUGUCGGAGUGCAGCGGCAGCAUCGACAGCGUGAAGAGGGUCAAGCUGAUGCUGAACGACGAGGAGGAGCUGGAGGACCCGGGGCUGACCAGCAGCACUGCCGACAAACACACCAGCACAGGUGUGAUCGAGCGCUGGGAGCUGCUGCAGGCCCAGAACUUCCGCCGCGACGACACGGACAUCAGGCAGGACCUGGAGCAGUGGCAGAAGCUGAACUCUGACCUCUCCGACGUCACUUCCUGGUUGGGCAGGGUGCUGCCGGAGCUGGAGAGGCUGCAGCGGAUCGCGCCGUCCACCAGCGUCCGAAACUUCGAAGUCAGCAUCAGCAAACUGAAGGAAAUGCAGAAGACCUUCAACAGCUACAAGUGUCUGAUGAUCUCCGUCAACCUGAGCAGCCGUCACUUCCUGCGAGGCGACAGCGCCGAGCUGCGGGAGCUGCAGGAGGCCCUCAGCUCGGCCAAUGACAGCUGGACGCAGGCCUGCGGCGGCCUGGAGAGCUGGGAGAGGAGGCUGCACUCUGCACUCAUUCAGUGUCAGGAGUUUCAUGAGACUCUGCACUCGCUGCUGCUGUGGCUCGCUCGGGUCGAGAACAGACUCUGCGCUGUGAAGGUCGGCGACCCGUCGACGCCGCGCUCCGUCCUCCUGCAGCACCGAGACACGCUGACGACUCUGCAGGACGAGCUGUGUGGCCGCCAGCGGCAGGUGUCCUCGCUGCACGAGAUCUCCUCUCGGCUCCUCCUGGAGGCCACAGGAGAGGACAGCAUAGAGGCCAAGGAGAAGGUCCACGUCAUCUGCAACAAACUGCGUCUCCUGCUGCGUCAGGUGUCCUCUGAGCUGCUCGCGCUGCAGGGGAGGCUGGAAACCUGCUCAACCGGCUCUGAAACGGCCGACGUCGGACUGGGAUCGGUCAGCGCUGCGGCGCUGCAGCACAAGGAGGAGGUCGGCUUACAGGCGGCUGCACGUGGACAACCAGCAACCAGAAGGGAGGAGAGGAGGGAUUCUUCCCCUCGCCGGCCCCUCUUCUACCGGGUCCUGCGAGCUGCCUUCCCCCUACACCUGCUCCUCUUCAUGCUGCUGGUUCUGGCCUGCCUGGUGCCCCUGUCUGAAGAGGACUACAGCUGCACGCUGUCCAACAACUUCGCCCGCUCCUUCUACCCGAUGCUGCGCUACACCAACGGCCCUCCGCCCACGUGAAGACACUGAGGUUUGACUCAUUUAGAGUGUUAAGCUCAAAGACGCCUUCUCCCUCCCACAAACGAAGCAGCACUGCCCUUCACACCCGAAGGCCUCAUCUUAAGUGUUUUUGACUAAAUUUUAUUGAUGUGUUUAAUAUUUAUUGUCUGUGGAGCUCCAUGUUUUAAAAAAAAAGAAGCCAUAUCACUGAUUUAUUUAAAAGUUUUUUAUAUAUAGAUUUCUAAUGUCCAAAUCAAACAUCUUCAAUAUACGGUGCAAAGAAAAAAAAGGUUUAUUUUAAUACCUACAGGAUAUUUUCAUUUUUUGUACUUCCGCUGUAGUCUGUGGGGUCUAAUUUGAAGGAUAAAUGACCGUUACCUACCAAAGCUUCCAGAAAUCGAAGAGUACACUUGCCAUUUCCUACCACUGCAGCUAUUUUUACAUAGAAGGCAGCCACUUGUCGACAGCACAUUUUGUACAUAAAAAGACUGAAGUGUUUUGUUUUUUGCCGUUUUAGAGGUAUUUAAAAUAUAAAGAUCUGUUUUUUAAAGAGACGAUGCCCCGUGCAGACUUGCCUUUCUGUAGCCAACAGAACUACCAUAACGUUAUCAGAUACUUGUAAUGGUGUUAUUGAUGAAUUUUGUAUAUAAGGGCAACCGUCUGAGAAUGAAAAACAGGUUUUCUGUGUGUGCACUGAAACCUUUGAAAGUUAUUUAACAUGAAGCAGUAGUGUCAAAUGCUUUUAUAUUGUAUAUGCUGGCUUACUGCACUGAAUUUACUGAUAUUUUCUUACGAUUAUGUAAACUUCAUGGCCAGCAUUUUAGAGGUCUUGUUUUCAAUAUUUGAGAUCAUUGAACCUAAAUUUUUGCAAAAAAAAAAAAAAAAAAAAGUCCUCAAAUGAAAGCCGCGCUAAGUCGAUUGUGACCACUAGGGGGCAGAAAGAAUCACAUUUGGUUAAUAUCGAUGAAGCAACAUUAGCUCUAGUAGGAAGUCGUGCAUUGAGACGGCAGCAAACUCACUGCUACUUUGGCUGAUUAACAAGACAUCAAAAUCUAAACUGCAGUCAUUGAAGAGUAUCUGUCGUCGAUAACACACCCAGUGCAGUCCAAGUUGGCCCAUGCAACCUAAAACAUGAACGUUCAAACAGACCGAUUUUAAAACACACAAUUUGUUGUUUAUACUGUAAUAACUCGGGGCAUUUACCUGUUUUUGAACAGUCUCCUGUCAAAUGGAACAUGUUAGACUUGGGGUGGAACAUGAAUGUAAGUGAUCCUUGGGGCACUAAAUGUAGCUGUGCACCAGCACAAUCAGAGAUGAUUAAGUGGAGGUAAUUGAUAUCGUUAAUGCUGUUGAUCCAAAUGUUCAAGCGUGUAUGAUUUGAUUUGAAAUUCAGUGUAUGAUACCAAUUUGUACAUAAUCUCCACCUCACAGUCCGAAGGGCAGCAGAACAGAAGCAAACAACAAAGUGUGUAAAGUUUGAUUUAUUGUGUGAACUGUUAUUUAUGGGAUGUACAGAUUGUCAUUUCUUAUUGACAAUAAACCGUGUUUGCCAUGA